AUGGUAGCAGAAGCUAUUGCGAAGGCUGAUUCUAUUGGAUUGGCAGCAGAUGGUUGGAGCAAUAUAAGAAACGAACCUAUUGUAAAUUUUGUUGUCACUACACCGACACCUUUUCUAUACAAAGUUUUACCGACAGGAAAAUCAUCUCAUACUGCCGAAUUCAUGGCUCAAGAAACUAGUCGUGUAAUUAAUGAAAUUGGACAGCAAAAGGUAUUUGGCCUCGUGACCGACAAUGCGGCGAACAUGAAGGCAGCUUGGAAAAUACUUGAAGCGAAGUACCCAAGGACAAACUUAUUUACCUAUGGAUGCCUAGCACACUCACUCCAAUUAAUGUUUACUGAUAUUAAAACUUUGCCAACCUUGAAAACGUUUACUGCCAACGCAAAAGCUUGUAUUAAAGCCAUUAAGAAUUCUCACAAGCUUAACUCAGCUUUCAUAGAAAAACAAUCAACCACCGGUUUACAAAUAAGUCUUAAACUUCCGGUAAAAACCCGCUGGGGUUCCCUGGUUUCUUGUUUUGAAAGUUUAAAAGAAAACAAACAAACCAUUAAAGCUAUCGCCAUUGAUGAGGGUCUAUCAGAUGCUUUAAACAAAGUUCCCUCAUUGAAAAAAUUGAUGUUAAGCGACGAUUUUUGGGAUAAAGUAUCCAGAUUCAGCAGUUUACUGAAACCUAUAUCAGACACCAUUAAAAUUGUGGAAAGUGACACACCUCAGUUAUCUAAAGUUUUAAGUUUGUACAAAAAAAUUGAAGAUUCGAUGGAAAAAAUAUUGAAAGACGAGGUCCAGAACCCCCUGACGAAAUCUGAAGAAAAAAAAGUUAGAGAAAUACUCAAACAUAGAAAGGAAUUUGCUGUAUACGAUGUGCACAAAAUUGCAAACUUAUUGGAUCCUCGUUUUAAAGGCUGUGAUCUUACACCAGAAGAAGAAACUAUUGCAACAGAACAAAUUUAUAAUACUGCUGUGAAAAUAGCAGAUAUCGAUGAGGAUACAGUAUUGACGGAGCUUGCAAAUUACAUUGCAAAACAAGGUUUUUUUUCUAAAACUUUUCUGUGGUCUUCAGUAACUAAGAUAACUCCCAUAGCCUGGUGGGCAGGACUUUGCAAGUCGACUGCUUUGUCUAAACUAGCCCUCAAAUUUCUUUCACUUCCAACUACAUCGGCAGCAUGCGAGAGAACAUUUAGUACUUACUCUGACGUUCAUUCCAAAAAACGUAAUAGACUGACAAAUGACAGGGCUAGCAAAAUAGUGUAUAUUGCUCACAAUUUGAGAUUGAAAUCUGAAAAAACAAAAGAAGAACAUGAAGAAGCACCAGGCAUAGAAAAUAUGACCGUAAUUCAAUCUGUAGAGGAGAUGGAUGAAGAUGAAGAGACAGACGAAAAUUCUGACUCUGACAAGACCAAUGAAAGCACUGAAACUGAAACAGAAAGUGAAGAUGAAGAAUAA